AUGGCGCCUGCAGAGACAAAAGACAAAAUUGGUCAUGUUCCUGGAGGAGCAAGACGCAUCGCACACUCCAAAGUUAAGACGGGAUGCAUCACUUGUCGGGCUCGUCGCGUCAAAUGUGACGAGGGCAAACCGAAAUGCUUACGGUGUCAUAAAUACGGUACAGAAUGCGGCGGCUACCAGUCGACCAACCGAGGAGCAUCCCCUCGAAACAAUUUUAGGACGAUUCGAGUUCGCGCGCUCGUUCCUAAGCCUCCGUAUCCGUCUAAUGGUGGUCCACUCUUCCAGUUUCCGACAGUUGGAUUGUUCCAGAGUAACCUAGAGCAGCGCUACUUCGACAUCUUCAGUACCCGCAUCGCUCGUCAACUUUGUCCCUAUUUUGAUGCGGAACGAUGGACGCUCACAAUUUUACAGGCAUGUAUGUCACAUCCAAGUAUCCGUUGUGCCGCUAUUGCUAUCGGGGCACUGGGGAAAACAAACGAAAUUGCGCGUCUUUGUAAGAGGCCGGUGACUGGUGAACUUAUCCUUAUGGACGUGAAGCACGUAGUAGGUUCAGGAACGAUCGACACGAAAAAGAUGAUUAAUCAGGCUAAUGAACAUCACCAACACGCUCUCGAAUUUUACGGAAAAGCUAUUAAUGGCAUGCGGAGAGAAAUGAAAGGCUUUUAUCAGGACAUUCGAGUCUCACUUAUUAUCUGCAUAAUAAUUAGCUGCUUUGAAGGCAUACAUGGUAACCACAGAAGUGCGGCAGCCCAGUUACAGGCAGGUCUAGCCAUAGUAGAGAACUUCCAUUCGCAGGUAAAAAGUAGUCCGAUUCUCCAUCCGAAGGGCUACUCAUCUCCAUGCCCUGACGUAGUUGACGAUUUCCUCGUACAGAGUUUUGGCCGCAUAGACAUACAGAGCAUGUCUGUCUUUGAUCCUCGUCCGGUUGAAGUACAUAGUACUCUAAAGUGCGAGGGUAAAGAAACCAUUGCGGCGAUGCCCAAGAUUAUACGAAGUAUUGAGGAAGCCCGUAUCUACCACGACUUAAUCACGCGACGUAUCAUGCACUUUAAUAGUUCUAUUCAUACUCCUCGGUCCCGCCCAGUCGGUUCGGGGGACGCACAAAAGCCUUGGCCAACGCUGCAGCUACUUCCUCAGGGGAUAAACCCCAAUCAUAAUCCAAUCCCAUGGGUUGAUCUUAAGAUUUCACUCGAAGAAAUAGAUAGCACCAUCUCAUCCACCAAAUUGAAGAAUGAGAAGGACAUGCUCUCACGUGAACUUCGGUCCUGGGUUGAGGCCUCUCAUUUACUUCUUCAGGCAAGAAUGAAAAUGAAAAGUCAAGAUACUAUUCCCGCGCACAUAUUACGCAUCGCGGCACUUAGUAAUGAGAUCAGUCUUGGAGCAGCAUUUUCUAUCACAGAAUCCGCGUACGAUAUCUUUCUACCCCAUUUUCGCUUGAUCGUCCAGCACGCUAGCCAAGUCCUCGCCCUUCAACAAGAACACUUUGCCCGGUUUCAUUGCCACUCCGGCGCACCAGGUCCUGUCGACAUUCAUUUCUCAUUUGAAAUAGGCCUUAUACCGUCACUCUACAUAGUUUUGAUCAAAUGUCGUCAUGGCCCGACAAGGCGACAAGCGCUCGCACUACUUCGAAAGUACCCUCAUCGCGAGGGUGUCUGGGAUACAGCAUCUUCUUCUGGCCUUGGCUCUUGGGUCAUGGAGCUUGAGGAAGAGGGCGCGCGGAAUUACUAUGCGGCACAGACCUGUACAUUCAUUCCGGCCGCGGUGCACAGUAUGGAAUCUUGCAAAGAUGGCGAGGCAAACCACUCAACGUCAACUAUGGCCGCACCGGUGACAGAGACAUCAGAUCCUGACUCUCUAUCUAUCCCUGAAGUGGUUCGCGUGCGUCAGGCUAGGAUGCGUUUUGAUCUACUCGAACGACGUGCCGUCUUGUUUGGAGUGCAAAUGGAUCUCAAUAGCGGCGCUUACAUCGAAAAGACAGGGAUAUACGAGUGGUAA